GAGGCUCCACGACAGCACCAAUGGAGAGCGUGUACUCAGUGGCGCCAGGGCCUGGCAGUGCCGGCCCCACCUCGCUGGACGUGCUCGGCUUCCUGGACGCCCUGGCGAACAGCACGGAGGAGCAGUGCUUCAGCGCCCGCUCCCGCAGCACCGUCCUGGAGGGGCUGCCGUUCGGCGGCGUGCCCACCGUGCUCGCCAUCAACUUCGUCCUCUGGCUGCUUCUCCUCCUGGUCUUCUCAUGCCUUCGGAAAGCAGCUUGGGACUAUGGGCGCUUGGCAUUGCUGAUGGACAAUGAUAGUUUGACGUCACUUUUCUACGGAGAACAGAGCGAGAAGGAGAAGUCCCCGUCAGAGAGCAGUCCCCUGGACUCUGACAACAAGGAUGUGGGAUUCUGCUCCUGGCUCAUGUCUAUCUACCAGAUGAAGGAUGAGGAGAUUCAGAGCAAGUGUGGGAUCGAUGCUACCACCUACCUCUCCUUCCAGCGGCACCUUCUGGUCCUGCUGAUGCUGGUGUGCGUUCUCUCUGUGGCUGUCAUCUUGCCUGUCAACUUCUCAGGGGACCUCCUGGGACACAAUCCCACCCACUUCGGCCGGACAACCAUUGCCAACAUCCCGACGCAGGACCGUCUCCUGUGGCUACACAGCAUCUUUGCUCUCAUCUAUUUCAUCCUCACUAUCCUCUGCAUGGCUCACCACUCUGUCCACCUUGAAUACAGAGAGAAUGAGAAGGUUGCCCGGACACUGAUGGUUACCCACAUCCCCAAGGAGAUCACAGACCCUUCCCUCAUCAUCAAGCAUUUCCACGAGGCUUAUCCCAGCUGCACCGUCACCAACGUCCAGUUCUGCUUCGACGUGCGCAAGCUGAUGAAGCUGGAUGUAGAGAGGCGCAAGGCAAUGAAGGGCCGGCUUUACUUCACCACCAAGGCACAGAAGGAGGGGAAGAUCAUGAUCAAAACCCACCCCUGCGCCCGCAUCUUCUGCUGCCGCUUCUGUGGCUUUGAGCAGGUGGAUGCUGAGCAGUACUAUGGCGAGUUGGAGGAGAAGCUCACGGAUGAGUUCAAUGCUGAGCGCAACCGCAUCACACUCAAGCGGCUUGACAUGGCCUUCGUCACCUUCCAGGAUGAGCGGAUGACAGCUGUGAUUUUGAAGGACUACAGCCACAUCCACUGCCGAAAGCAUCCUCAGCAGUCCUCUGUCACCACUGUGGUCAAGUCACACCACUGGGGUGUUUGCUAUGCCCCUGCACCCAGUGAUAUCAUCUGGGAGAAUUUAUCAGUCCGUGGCACAUCCUGGUGGGUGCGAUUCAUCCUCCUUAAUAUCUGCCUCUUCAUCCUUCUCUUCUUCCUCACCACGCCAGCCAUCAUUGUCAACACUAUGGACAUGUUCAAUGUCACACAUCCUGUGGAGAGCCUCAAGAACCCCAUCAUCACCCAGUUCUUCCCCACGCUGCUGCUCUGGGCCUUCUCCGUCUUCCUGCCCUUCCUUGUCUACUACUCGGCAUUCUUUGAGUCACACUGGACCAGAUCAAGUGAAAAUCAGCUCACCAUGCACAAGUGCUUCUUCUUCUUGGUGUUCAUGGUCAUCAUCCUGCCCUCGCUGGGGCUUAGUAGCCUGGACCUUUUUUUCCGCUGGCUCUUUGACACCCACUUUCUGGACGAGGCCAAUAUCAAGUUCCAGUGCGUUUUCCUCCCAGACAAUGGCGCUUUCUUUGUCAACUAUGUGGUCACCUCCAGCCUGAUCGGGACAGCCAUGGAGCUGCUUCGCAUCCCAGGACUCCUGGUCUACACCGCCCGCCUCUGCUUUGCCAAGUCUGAGCCCGAGCGGCUCCAUGUCAAGCGGAGCCAAGCCUACCAGUUCCAGUUUGGGCUGGAGUAUGCCUGGACCUGCUGCAUCUUCUCUGUCGUGAUGACCUACAGCAUCACCUGCCCUAUCAUUGUCCCCUUUGGGUUACUCUACAUGCUGCUCAAGCACAUGGUGGACAGGUACAACAUUUACUACGUUUACAUCCCCACCAAGCUGAACCAACGCCUCCACGUUGCUGCCAUCAGCCAGGUCGUUGUAGCCCCCAUCCUCUGCAUGUUCUGGCUGCUCUUCUUCUCCGUCCUGCGCCUUGGUCCCACCCGUCCUGUCACCCUCUUCUCCUUUGUGGUCCUCCUCUCCUGCAUUGUCUUCUCCUUCUUUGGCCUCUGCCUGAAGAAGCUGCAGCCACGCAAACCCUCCAGCUACCAGAUGUCUGAUCAGUCUGAAGGCACCUUCAACGAUGUGGAACGGAGCAGUGUUUCCUCCACUCCCAACUCCAACCUGUUUGUGGCCACCGUCCUUCAGGAGCCCGAGCUGAGCCUGACGCCAGCGGCCUCCCCAGCGCACCAGUCAUAUGGCACAAUGGGCAACCACCUGGAGCCAGCGGAGGACGGGGAGGACAGGGUGCUGCAGGGCUUUGAGACGGAGCUGGAGACAGUGGAGGGCAAGUACAUGAGCAGCCCCGUGCUGGAGGGCCAGGCCCGCUACCAGUGAGCAUCCCUGGUGCUGGGGUGAGGACCAUCUGUGCUGAGACCAGAGGACAUGCUGGAGGGCAGGAAGGAGCCUUCCCAGUGCUGGUGGGGCCACCUCACUGGUGGGGCAGGAGGACAGCAGAGCUGAUGUGAGGGGGAGACCCCAUUGCAUGGGACGUGGCAGGAGGCUCUGCCUGUCCCUCCUGCUGCCUGGACUGGCUUAGAGCCCCCAGUCCCCCCCUUCCCCACCCACCUCUUCUAGCCCAUUAUGGGGAAGAGGGGGUGCAGCAGUGUGGGGAGAGGGUUUCCGUGAGAGGCCAAACUUGUGAGGGCAGGAGGGAGGCCCUGGCCUUUCCAUGAGGGGGAAGCAGCCCAGACAGCUCAGACAAAUGUGCCCACCACCAUUCUGUCCUAUGGGUCUAUGGUGGCAGGGAAUGGCCACCCCUGAACCUUGCUUCCUACCCCACACACUCACUGCUCACAGUGGCUGUGUCCUGCUGCUUCCCCUGGUGCCAACGCUGCAGGCUCCUGCCCACCCCCUGCUGCCACCCCUGAGUCUUUGCUCAUUAAAGCAGGGGCUGGUGAAGUGCGUGUGCUUUGGUGGAGGAGGUGAGUGCCUGGGGCUGCUCCCAUGUCUGCCCUCUUCCCCAGCUCUCUACCACUGCACCAUGCCUGUGCCAUUGAGGUCAGAGGAGUGGGAGGUCAAGGGUAAGUGUGUUUAACAGCUGUGAGUGCAGCUCCUCAUCAUCCCACUCCUCCCAGCAGCAUUCUCGUGCCCACGCUCUCCCUAAGGCUGGCCAUGGCACCUUGCAUCCCUCUGUCCUGUUGCAAUGGCAAUGAGGGGAAGGGGGUUGGCAGGACAAUGGCCUGCAGAUCCACCACAUCCAGCCCUUGCCCACAAGCUGCAGCCGAGAGAUGCUCCCCAGCAGUUGCACUGCCUCGCGAGUGUGAGUCCUGCUGUGGUCAAUGUAAAUGUGCCAGCUCCUGCCUGAGCAGCAUCAGUGGGGUUUACCAGCUCAUCCACAACAGCCAUGGAGGUCACUGGGGAUGAGGGCAGAUCCUCACUCUGCUUGUCCCUUCUCCCGCCACUCCAGCCCUCCUGGGCAUGCUGGCUCCUCCCUAGGCCCUGCUUUGACCCCAGGGCUGGUUUUCCUGCUCCUGAUUUUCCUGCUGACUUCAGAGCAAUUCUAGCCACAAUGCCAGGGCCGUUCAGGAAGGAAAGGGAUGACUAUGCAGCUCUGCCAGCACCAGGGCUGCCAAUACAGAGAGUGCUGCUGUCUGAAAGUCAUGGCAACACUCCACAUUACUGUUGCCACUGGGGGGUGGAGGGCACGGUGAGCCUGUCCUCAUUAAGGGGAGAGGAGUUGAAAGGGGCCCUGGGACAUCCCUAUGGGGCUGGUGGGUCUCAGCUCAGCCAGCAGCCCCAUGGCCCCCAUCCCACCCAUGCUUCUGCAUGCUGGGGCACACUAGUCACCAAGCGGCUGCCUCAGAAGAGCCUCAAGCUCUGCUGGUCCCUUCCAGCCCUGAGGGGACUUGGGGCUCCCUGCCCAGGUGACCCCGGGGCUGUCUGCAGCUCAGCCACUGCCCUCACUGCCUGCUCUGCAAGCAGCUCUGGCUGGAGCCAGGGGGUGACCUCUCACCAGGUAGAAGCAAGUGCCUAUGAAUGGCACCGUGUCCUCAGGAGCUCGGGCUGCUGAUGUGAUUGUCCUUGGCUGCCCCACUGUAGGAAUGUGCCAGAGGUCUGUACCUUCUCGUGAUUUAUUGCUAUGACUGUGCCUUGAAUAAAAUUACUUCAC